CUCACCUUGAACAUAGUACCAGAGUUUCAACCAGUUUUGUGUGUGUUUAUGUGUGGUGAAGGGGGCGGAUGGAGUUGUACUGCGCAUGAACGGAAGUAGAUGACGGGCGAGAGGGGAAAAGCGGAAGAGGGAGUCUGGAAAUCACAAACAUGAACAAGCUGAAAUCCUCGCAGAAGGAUAAAGUUCGCCAGUUCAUGAUUUUCACGCAGUCGAACGAGAAAACAGCGCUGACCUGCUUGGCUCAGAAUGACUGGAAACUAGAGGUGGCCACAGACAACUUCUUCCAGAAUCCUGAACUUUACAUACACAAUCUGAAAGGACUGUUCGACAGGAAAAAGCUAGAGCAGCUCUACAAUCGGUACAGAGAUCCCCAUGAUGACAAUAAGAUCGGUAUAGACGGCAUUCAGCAGUUCUGUGAUGAUCUCGGUCUCGACCCAGCCAGUAUAAGCGUACUCCUAAUCGCGUGGAAGUUUCGUGCCGCGACACAGUGCGAGUUCUCCAAGCAAGAAUUCAUGGACGGGAUGACCGAACAAGGAUGUGACAGCAUAGAGAAGCUUAAAGCACAAUUGCCCAAAAUGGAGCAGGAGUUAAAAGACCAAGGCAAAUUUAAAGACUUCUAUCAGUUUACUUUCAACUUUGCGAAGAAUCCCGGACAGAAAGGCUUGGAUUUAGAAAUGGCGAUUGCCUAUUGGAAUUUAGUAUUGGCAGGACGUUUCAAAUUCCUCGAACUGUGGAACAAAUUUUUAGUGGAGCACCAUAAAAGAUCCAUUCCCAAAGACACCUGGAACCUCUUGUUAGACUUCAGCACCAUGAUAACUGACGACAUGUCCAACUACGACGAGGAAGGAGCGUGGCCAGUCCUCAUCGACGAUUUCGUCGAGUUCGCUCGGCCGUACAUCGGGACCAAAAGCACGGCCGUCUAGGGGACUUGAACACCUCCACCUUUAGGAGGACCGAACUGAGAUCUACAUUGCCUUUUCCGACCCUCAGGAUCAAGACACUCGUGUACAGCAAAGACAUUUCAGAGAUGCGUCUCCUCUUCGUCAUCUAGCGGUGGUUUGGGCUUUGGUUGUUUGUUUUUUUUCUCCCCCCCUCAGUUUUUCAAUUUGGAUAUGUGUGCCACGUCUGUGUCGACUCAAUCUGGAUCAAGCUCUGGGACCUCAACAUGCUUUCUUUAUUUUAUUUUUUUUCCUUCUUUUUUUCUUUUUCCCCCCACCUUCACCUGGCAGGAGCAAAAUCACAACAGACACGCCAUCUUCAUCCUUAACCAGGGCAUGGUUGGAGAAUCUCAAUCUUCAAAACUUCAUCACUUAAAUCUUAGUUUUCCACUCCAUAUUUGUUCCUACUUUGAAAUAUUUUUUACUAUUAGUUUUUUUUUUUUUUUUUUUUUAUAAAACAUUUGGAAAUGCAGAGCUUUGAUUGUAUCCUUUUUUUUAGGGGACAAACACAAGGAUCAGACAACCCUGUUUUGUUAGUUUUUAUUGUGACGUUAUUGUAUAUUUUCUGUUGCUGUUUAAAGAAAAGAAAACAAUUUCACCUUGCUUGUUUGUUUUUGAUUAAACGUAAUAAGUAUACUCGGUAUGUUCGGCCAUCCUAAAAUAUUGGAGUGACCGUUUUACAUCACUUUGACUAAUUAAACAGUAAUUUAUUGUA